AUUCACUCAUCUUACUGUGCGCAAUGGACUGGACGGCACUCUUGCAACAGGCACUGCCCGAGCUCGCGGCGAACGUCGCGUCAAUCGUCCACACAGACCUGACUGCCGCUGCUGCCGGCGGCAUGAGCGCCCAGCUGGAUCGCCUGCAGCUCGUCUACAAGCAGCCCGACCACGCGGGCCCUGCGUCGCUGAUUGUCAAGCGGACGUCGGCGCACGGCGCUGAGCAGUCGCGCGCGCUCGGGCUCGCCCGCGAGGCUGACUUUUACACGCUGUUGGCGCCGGCGAUCGAUCCCGAGUGCGCAUUCAUUCCGCGCGUCUACUACGCAUCGGGCGACCGCGAUGCCACGGGGCUCAAGACCAUCGUCAUGGAGGACUUGGCGCUCAAGGGCGGCGUCCAGUCGGGCUACUUUUUCGGAAACAACUCGAUGCUCAACUGGGGCAAGGAUCUGGCGACAUUGACGCUGCCAUUCCCGACGGUGACUGAGCGCGAGGUGACCAUCCGGGCGUUCGAGCAGGCCGCCGAUCUGCACGCGUCGUUCUGGUGCGAUUCCGACCGGCUGUUGCGUAACCAGUCGCCCGAGCGCCAAUUUCUCCGCGCCGCGCCUUGGAUUGCCGGCAGCAACGAGCCUGCAGACCGCGAGAGCUUUGCGACGAGCGUUCAGACCGCGCGCGCGGGCUGGGACAAGUUUAUGGCCGAGGAGCCGCGGCCGUUCACCCCGCACCCGCUCGUCGUGCGACUGAUGGAGCACUGCCUCGGUGCUGCCAACUAUGAUGUGUACACGCGCAUGUGGAAGUCGUCGUCAUCUUUGUCGUCGUCGUCGUCCGGAGGCCUUCCAUUCACCGUCGUCCAGGGAGACGCGCAUCCCGCCAACAUGAUGGUCGUGCGAGCGCCUCAGCGCGCUUCGGGCUGGGAUUUGGUGAUGCUUGACUGGGAGGUCGUCGGCGUUGGCAGCGGGCCCCAAGACCUGGGCCAGUUUGCCAUUUCGCACGCAGCGCCCGCCCUUCGCCGGUCGUACGAGCGCGAGGCCGUUGCAGUGUACCACGCCCGCUUGAAUUCUCAGCUCGAGCACAAGGCUGCCGCUGCUGGUCUGCCGCACACCUCAGUUUCAGCCGAUUUCGUAUGGCGCGAGUACGUUGAGGGCGGCUUGUGUCGGUGGGUUUGGCUGCUCGGCCUUCUUGUUGGGUUUCCGCUCCCCGCACCGGCGCGGCAAUACUUCCACGACCAAGUGCUUGCCUUCUGCCAAGACCACGCGCCCGAUCCGACUGUGCUCGGCAUGAUCCGGCCCUAAGUUUUUGCUGGGGAAAUGUACAAAAAGUGUUUUUUGGUGGUUUCUGUUUCGAUAGUAUCGUGUGCAUACAAUUCAGUGCUUUUGGUUUGC